CGACUACGACUCCGAUACCUAAAGCCAAGUCAAGCGUUCCCUUUCCCCAACUAACACUACUCCCUCCAAUUCUCCCCAAAUCCGCCGCGAUGGCCGCCUCCUCCGUCUCCGGCCUUCUCCUCCUCGCCGUCGUCGCGGCGGUGUCCCUCAUCGCCGCCGCCCCUGGUGCCGCCGCCCGCCCGUGCGCCCACGCGCAGACGCUCCUCAUCUCCUUCUCCUCCGUCUCCAGGCCCAACCCCGACCCCACCAACCCCACCCCCCUCACCACCACCGUCGUCACCGUUCUCCGCGUCCGCCGCCUCGGCCCGCACCACCCGCUUCAGAUCCGCCGCCCUGAGGCCCUCCCCGCUGCCUCCGCCUCCGAGGACCCCGCCUCGUCCGUGCAGGAGCGCGCCAAGGACAUCCUCGUCGUCGUCUCCGGCCUCCUCUUCGGAUUCGGCUGCGGCGCCCUCACCGCCGCCUCCAUGUACCUCGUCUGGUCCCUCCUCGCCUCCACCUGCGCCUCCAGCUACGACGACGUCUACAGCGACGACGAGGACCAACUGUCCGACUCCGAGGGCCCCAAGAAGGCCGGAUACGUCAUCAUCCACGACGCCGAGGAGUACGGCGCCGGUAAGAACUAGAAUUGGGGAUUCGUCUUCGGUCACCCCGAGGGCAUGCGAAAGGUUUAUAAUAAUAUUGCAUGAUUACAUGAAAUUGUGCAGUAUAUACUGUAUGCACUUAUAUGUGUUGUGUCUGUCUGAUUCUGUCUACAUGUGCCGUUGGGGAAAGGAAAUUGAAAUUGUGAAUGAAUACGCUCUUGAUGUGUUCUUA